AUGAUGUACGAGGAUGAAGUCGAUCAGAGCUACGAUCCGUGGAUCAGCGGACUCGAGCCAGAGCCGUUUGAAACUGUGUUCCAGGAGCUCUUCUCGGGUGUCAAGAGCUACAUGAUUCCGGAUGAGAAACCAGCUGCGGUCGUCGAGCCGGUGCCGGCGCCGCUGAAAAUUCGCUGCAACGAGAACCUGCCGCAGGAGCCGUUUGUUCCGCGGAAGGUCGACACUCUCUCGCAGUUUGUGCCGGUGAUUCCGAACUCGAGCACGGCGAAUAUCACUAAGACUCGGCAGUAUCCGAUGCUCCGCUGCGGACACUGCAGCGAGACGCUCGUUUCACAAUUCGCGCUCGAGCACCACGAGACGCAAAGCCAUCCGGAAUUGUUCAGCUGGUUCUGCUCUGACUGCAACGUGCACUUUGACACUCUGAGACAGGCCAGCGAGCACUCGCUUCUGACUCACGGCGAUGGGGAAAUGCCAGUGGUGAGAGAACGGAAUCUUUUCGGGCAACAAUUAUUGAUUUUAUUUCAGUUCGAUGCAACCUAUACGAACAUCCGGAAGCAAGGACUGACGUUCUUCCUUCAGGCAGUCACCAGACGGUCCACGGACUUCAUCAAGAAAUUCCUGCAUAGUCGGGAGAAGAAAACGGUGAUGACCGCGGCCUACUUUGCCUUCGCCAAAUGCGAGCUCCAAGCUGCUUUCUCCGGCAGUAUUGGACUGAGCGUGUACCACCACGCGAAAACGGAGUUGUUGGCUAUUGUUAGUGCAAACGACGAUCCAAUCGUAUUUUGAGUACCAGUUUUCAGCACGACCAUGUGGAGCACGAGGACCUCAUUCGCUGUAUGAAGAGCGACUUCAUCUACGGGAAACACAUCAAGCGUAUCCCGCUGAUUACGUACACUCCACCGACGACCGUUUACCGGACGCUCACUUACAACAACAUGCCCGCGAAGGGGUCAGUUUUUGAGUCGUCGAAGCAAUCUAUGCAAUAAUUCAAUUACAGAAAGACCCGUUCGCGUGCUGUGAACACUGUGAACACUCGUGCGAUCAAGACCGCUCCGUACACACUCGUGGCGCCCCAGCGCAAGCUUGUGGCUCCGUACACUCAGAGCUAUUUCAGCGCGGUCAGUUAAUGAUGACCACUAUUCCAUAAAAUCCUUUUAUUGUUUUUAGAAGUACCCGCGUCCGGCCAACUACCGUGGUCCUCAAGUGGUCCUUUCCGGACCCCCGAACUCGUUUAUCCGUCGCACUGACGCCCCGCCAUUGGUGGCCGUUUACCCAGUCCGCAGCGGCUCACAAAAAUAA